CGCUAAUUUCGAAAAUUUCUUCUCUGUCAACAUCACAAGAACAGCUGCUUUUACGACAGAAAUUUGAUUAUUUUUUUGAUCUUGCGAUCGCUACAGCUCAGGUUCCCGACGGAUGCUAUGGAGAAUGACUUUGAAACGUAUUCAGACAGGCUGCCACAGUCAGCCUCCAUGAGGGCUAGCCUGAGGUCAACAGGGUCGUUCCCUGGGGUCAAUGGUUCGUUUGGCUCAUAUUAUCGUUAUCCUGAGGGUGACAGAGGAAAGGAAGAUGGGAGACACAAAACAGAAGUGAAUACCUUUCCGGAAAAUAAUAACAGAGCUGUUGUGACUGCAUUGAAAAGUCUUCAGGAGAAGAUACAUAAAUUAGAGUUAGAUCGAAGUCAGGCAAAGGCAAAUCUUGACCAGCUUUCAUCAGAAGCAAAAAGAUAUCAGGAGAAACUUGAGGAAGAACGAAGAAUGACAACACCAAGAAGUGGAUCAUCUUCACCACCAGUUGAGGUAAGCAAUAACCUAGCCACAGCGGAAGCUAAGUGCGACCUCCUGGAGAGACAGUUGGAGUACAUGCGCAAGAUGCUGCAGUCUGCUGAAACUGAUCGCAAGGACGCCAUUCAACGAUCGACAACUUUGGCACAGCAAGCCGCAAAGCAAGCGUCCGAGCAUGUGCAGAGCAAACUCGAGAAGAUCUCUGGACUGGAGAGACAACAUAUCCAACUGAAUGCGGCACAGAAUGUAGCUGAGAGUAAAAUUCGUGAACUGGAAGAAAAACUUCAAGAGGAAAGACACAAACGCAAGUUAAUAGAAGAUAAAACCGCCGAGCUUGCUACUUCGGCCGAAACGAACAGAAUUCUGAUGGGAAUGGCAGCCGGUGACGAAGCGAAGAAAGUUAAAAGAAAGAAAAAGGUCAAACGACAACCAAAAACUCCUGCCCCAAUUCAACCUCACAGUCAUUAUCGCCUGAACAUGGGUAAUAUUCCAUUCAUUGUCGGCACGUCCACAGCGAAGUCGCACAAUGUUGGUGCGAAUAUUCAGGGAGCUUUGUCCUUAUUGAAGACUCACAAUCCAGUGUUGUGCAAUGCCGCGACCAAAACGCGUCGAAAAUAUUGCCGCACCAGUUCCCUCGCCUCCGACUCGGAUCACGCGGCGGACGUAAACGAAGUGCUUUUAGGUUUGCAGGACGAGUUUGGAAACAUGGGAUUCGAACACAAAGAGUUGCUCAAACAGAUUCAAGAUACGGAAGACGAUGGUUUACGUGGAGACCUGGAACGCGAGCUCGAUCAACUCGUGGCACGCAUGGAAACGAAAGGGGAACAAAUCGCCACGUUGAAACAACACCAAGAACGCUUAACACGGUCGGGAAAACGAAAAAAGAAACGGCCGACGUCCGCAAACGGAGCGCGCGAAAUGCAAUCGUUGUCGUUCAGAGGAGGGGAGGUUGAGGUCGUCACAACCGUGAAGGCUAAAAGUCUGCCGCGAAAUCUUGAACGGGCAAAAUCAAGACCAGCGACAGCGAGGCAGAAUUUGGAUGUUCUUCAGAGCAUGAGAAAGCUGCAGACCUCCUUAAGGAAAGACGAUCUAAGUUGGGACUAAAUUGGGAAAUUUUUUCGCAAACUAAAAUAUGAAAAACAUUAUAAAUAUAUAUUCAUAUAGCGUAACAAAUGUAAAUAUAAAUUAUUCGAAGACAUUCGCACGCAUUUUGUCUAAAAGUCGUGGACUUUGUCUUAGGCUGAUAUAUAUUAUAAUUAUCAAUAAAUUGUGAAUUUGAUGA